UCCAAUUGCUACCAAAAACGGCGUUUAACCAAUCCGUAAACCUAAUUUCCCCAUCCCGAUCUUUCUCCUUCGAUUCCUCCAUCCCGAUCCUGAUCUUUCUCUAACGCGCUGGUGAUGUCUGCCGAUGCUCUCCAGCACGCGGCGGCCAAGCGCCGCCUCGAGGCCACCUCUCCGUAUGGCCGCGAGGCCGGCCGUGAGCUUAGACCGCCCACAAGCAGGGCUGGCCGUGACCCCAGCCCGGCCGCGAGCUUCCUGGGCCUACGCUUCAACCUGGCCGCGACCUCCCUUCCCGGCUGCGAUCUCCCUCCCUGCGCCUCUCCCUGAAUGAGGUUGCAACACCAACAGACUUCUCCUUCACCACAAAAGUUUUCAUUGUGAGCAUGGAUUUUCAGGGAUUGGGCUCGAGCUGGAGCUCAUUUGAUGCUGCAAUGGUGGGAGAGGAAGAAUCCCAAGUCAUGGCGCAAUUGUUCGGUUCUCAGGAGAUGUUUUGCUUUGAUCACAGUUCUCACUGUGAUCUUUUUGAUUGGAACCAAGGCAGCUAUGAUGGCACCAGCUCUGCUAGUGUUCUUCCUCAUGUAGCUGCCAAUUAUGCAGAAGAUAACUACUUGAUAAAAAAUGGUGGACCUGCCUCCACUUUCACAAACCAAGAAGAGAAAGUUGAAUGGCAAGGAUGGCGACGAUGUUUAGAAGUUCCUAAGAAGAAGGGUUCUAAGAAGGGGAAGAAUUCACUGUCCAAGAGGACCGAGAAGAGUGACGACAAUGUGAACAUAGGAGUACAGGAAGUCGAGCGAAAGACGCAGUUAGCGAGAAGGACAACACGGGAGAGAGUCGACGAGCUCGGUGCAUCCGAAGGAUGAGGUGCUGCGGAAGAAUACGCUGACGGACGAGAAGGAGGCGCACAACAUUUCCAAGGGAUAAGAAGUCGCAAUGAAGAUUGCUUAAAGAUAAAAAAAAUGGGUUCGGGCGAGUCCUAUUCUGGAUUGCCGAAAUCACCCAAGCGAGCAGAGUUUGAGCGGAAGAUCCGGACCAAUGCGAGUGGAAUCGGAGCAGAAGAUCGGGACAGAAAGUCAACCGAAUGGUGACUUUUGAAUUCGGGUGCCCGGAACCCUUCCUAGCGCCUGGAGCAAGUUUUUAUUCGGAACGUGACGCGACGCAUUCCGUUGUGACGAAGAUAAAAAAAUUUUCCUCCAGGCGCCUAGAAUUCUUCUAGGCGUCCCGAUUAGGGUUAUAAAUACAGUCUUAGUCUUAGAAGCUUAGACAGAACACUUGUGAUUAUUUUUCUUUCGAUUUAGUUUUCUGAUCUAGUGCUUUAAUUGUUAUAAUGAGGCUUUUCCGCCUGAAGGAGAAUUUAGUGAGCGUUCAACUUUCUUGGAUUAACAACCUCCUCGGUUGUAAUCAAGUAAAUCUCGUUGUGCCUCUUCCUUUUUUGUUUCUUAUUUCAUUUAUGUAAGUGUAUUAUUGUUAAACUAUAAAGUCGAGAAAAGUAUUUUUGUGUUUUUGUUGUGCAGGCUAUUCACCCCCUCUAGUCGGUCGCCAAAGGGAUCAACAAGUGAUAUCAGAGCCCAACAGCUUCAGGAGAACUAACCGUCGAAUGAAGCACACGAGAUGGCCGGACCGAGCAUCUACCUACCAAAGUUUGAGGAGGAAUUCACGAGUUGGAAGAAAAGGAUGGAGGUAUUCUUUAAAACAUAUUUUGAUUUGAUUUUAAUAAUGAAAUUUGGUUUUGUAGCACCUAAGGGUAAAGAAGAAUACUAAUGGACAAAGAAGGAGUAGGUCGAUUUCAUGGCAAACGGCAAAGCAGAGUUCCAUCUGCUAAGCGUUUUACCAUCACAAGAAGUCAAUCGGAUCGGAGCCUUCGAGUCAACAAAGGAGCUCUAAGAGAAAUUCCUGGAACUACACGAUCGGAGGCGAAACUCACAAGAUGGGAUCUGCUCAAGAACUAGAUCAGCAACAUCAAAUUAGAAGAAGGAUAAACUGUUUGAUGGAGUCAAAGAAAGAGAGCAACAAGCUAACGAUAUGAAUCAUGGUCAACCCACUCUAGAUAUUAAUGAUGAUCCAUUAUGCAUCAAUGGAGGUCCAAUUACAAGUGCUAAGGCUAGAAAG